AUACACAGAACGAACUACGUGGCUAUAAUCCUACGUGCUCGCAGUCAAUCACCAUCGAUAUACAAAGCCUACAGCAUAUCGUCAAUCUUGCGUCGACUUCGAAAUGGACGAAUGGGUGAAGUUGAGCGGAAAUGUUCCGUCGUUGUCCCUCGUCUCACUCGGGGCCUUCCACAACAGCAAAUACUACGCCAGCAACGAAUGUUUGGAUUGCCUUAAUGAAAUCAAUGCCAAACUGAACGAUAAAGGUCCACACACCUAUCCACUCCGACGCGCUCUAAUCUUUAUGGACUUUUUCAAUAAGGAUCUGAUCCCUAUUCUGAUCCAUGUUAAUCAGCCAAACAUUAUCCGUUCAACAAUCAAACUGUUGGUUCAGAUGACUUUACCCGUUGGAUGUUUAGUAAGCGGGGAAAGCAUCGUCCAGCAACCAAAUGAGACAUCGAUGUCUAAACACUUUGUCCACGAACUAACCAAUUUCCUUUAUGUCGCCAAGGAAACUUUCGUGUUGAAUCCGUUGGCUACUCGAUCCAUUUUCGAACAUCUCAACUGUCUACUAGCAAAUGUUCCACAGCAAGCGAUGUCGAAGGACGAUUGCGAAUCGGUCAGUUAUUUCCUAUUGCUCAUUCGCAACAUCGUACACGCCCCAGAAGGUGUUCGUGCUAACCAAUCAGCUUCAGUUGGCGAUAGCGCUACUUAUUUUGCAGCAGCAGCCUCGCCCGGCCAUUGGCAACAGCGGCGCCUUCUGUCCGACCUACUCACCCAAGGCUUGGAUCUACUUCUCAUUGAUUUGCUGACCUGCUUUCAAAAGCCAAGCAGUUCUGACACUCUAAAAGUGUUCAGUGUCGAUGAAAUAGUCGAAACAUAA